AUGUGUAUACAGCUAGAUCAGCCAGUUGAAAUGCCACCUCAACCCAUGAAAGCUAAAGAAGGGGUGAUUUUCAAAGAAGAAGAGAUUGAGGAAAGAAUCAUGGAAGUUGAACCUUAUAUUCCCCAAUUUGUGAACAAAACGCGUCCUUUGCAGAUCAUUCCAGAGCAUGAAAUGGAGAAAUAUGAAAAGUUCAGAAAACAAAAUUUUGAGCACUUCCAAAGGCUUCAGGGCAAUUAUUUUAAUAUACUUGAAGGGUUAGAACUGCACACCAACGUGUUCACCAGCAGUGAACAGGACGAGAUUGUAAAACGUGUCUUUUUAGAGCGAGAAAUAGGAUGUGCUGGUCGGCUAGGAAGAAGAACAUAUUCUGAGCUGAGAAAAUGGAAACGGGGUAAAGGAAGAGUUACCAUCCAAUACUACUGCUGUUACAAUUUUGCCCGAGAUAAAGAAGGAAAUCCUCUCGGAAUAAUUCAUCACAAUGAGGUUGACCCAUUACCGUCAUUCAUCAAGAGAAUAAUUAAACAAUUGGUGACCUGGCGUAUACUUCCAGCAGAUUGUAUUCUAAGCAGCUGUAUAGUUAAUAUAUACGAAGCUCGUGACUGCAUUCCUCUAUACGUCGAUCAUCAUGAUUUUACAAGGCCAUUUUGCACGGUAUCAUUUAUAAAUAAGUGCAACAUCAUGUUUGGAAUAGAAAUUCAGAUUAUUGGUGACGGAGAAUUUCGAGGUUCCGUAGAAAUUCUUUUUCUUGUGGGCUCUGUGUUGAUAUUAAAGGGAAACGUCGCUGAUGUGGCCAAACACUGCAUCCCUGGAGUGUCGUAUAUGAGAGUUUCAAUAACCCUCAGAAGGAUGAAUGAGGAUAAGGUAACAUUUUGGUUUAAACCCGAUCUUGAGAUCGAGAACUUGCAGCCUUUUGAGUUGUAA